AUGGCAGACUCUUCACAGUAUUAUCAUUUGCGAUCGGAGUCGAGAACGAGACGCCGGAGGUAUGCGUCUUUGCAGAAGAACAGCGGUGUACCGGAGGGACACUUGCCGGUGUAUGUAGGCGAGGAAAUGGAACGCUUUGUUGUGAGUGCCGAGCUUUUGAAUCAUCCGAUUUUUGUAAAGCUUCUGAGUAUAUCGGCACAGGAGUAUGGUUAUGAACAAAAAGGUGUUUUACGGAUUCCCUGCAAUGUGUUCCUCUUCGAGCGAGCGAUGGAGGCUCUGAGAAUCAAUGGCCGAGUUGCAGAUUCACGUGACAUCCAGGAUAUACUGAGUUAUCUUCCUGAUGAAUUCCGGUAG